ACACAAUGAGGAGGGGGCAUAGACGAUGGGGGAAGAGAAAGAGGAAGAAGAAGAAGAGGAGGAGGAGGAGAAGGAAGAAGAGGAGGAGGAGGAGGAGGAGGAGGAGAAGGAAGAAGAGGAGGAGGAGGAGGAAGAAGAGGAGGAGAAGGAGAAGGAGGACGAGGCAGUGAAGGAGGAGAAAUGGGCCGAGGAGGAGGAGGAAGAGGACGAAGCGGAGGAGGAGGAGGAGGAGGAAGAAGAGGAGGAGGAGGAGGAGGAGGAGGAGGAUGAGAAGGACGAAGACGGGAAGGAGGAGGAGGAGAAGGAGGAGGAAAAAGAGGAGGAACAAAGGCUGUCUCUUAUACACAUCUAGAUGAACAGUAGGGGAAGGAGGGGGAGGACGAGGUCGAGGAGGAGGAGGAGGAGGAUGUCUUUUUUUUUUCACCGCAAUCUUGCAUGAUUUUUGUUUUUGUUUUUGAUAAAUUCAAAUUGACUGA